AUGUAUAAAGAACCUCUGGACUUUAGUAGUAGUAGAAGUAGUAGUAGUAGUAGUAGUAGUAGUAGUAGUAGUAGUAGUAGUAGUAGUAGAAGUAGUAGUAGUAGUAGUAGUAGUAGAAGUAGUAGUAGUAGUAGUAGUUGUAGUAGUAGUAGUAGUAGUAGUAGUAGUAGUAGUAGUAGUAGUAGUAUAAGUAGUAGUAGUAGUAGUAUUAGUAGUAGUAGUAGUAGUAGUAGUAGUAGUAGUAGUAGUAGUAGUAGUAGUAGUAACGAUUCCAGCCCGGAAGAGGACCACGAAAGGCCGCCCAUACUUAAUGCAGAGGUGGAGGAGGCAGUGCGUAGUCUUAAGGCAGGAAAAUCUCCUGGAAUAAACAACGACCCUUCCGAGCUGAUUAACCAGGGAGGAGAGAUAACACUGAUUGUUUGCAUGUUUGCAACAGGCAGGAGUUUAAAUGUCAUGACCGUGUAUCCGUGUGGACCAAACGAUACGUGUACAUGCACAUAUGAUAAACAGGAAUGGAUAACAAUGGACUGUGAAGGAAGGGGAAAUCUUAAACUUUCCGAAGUAUGUGUGUUUAUUGGAAAUGUCACAUCACUUAAAGCUGGAAGAAAUAACUUCGGCAACUUAACAGCAUUGGAUCUCAAAGGAUGUGAGAAUUUAAUAGAAAUAUAUUUUAAUUUCAAUCAGAUUGCUCACAUAGAACCAAGGACAUUCCAGGACUUCCGGCACCUCCAUCUAUUAGAUCUUUCAAGAAAUUUGCUUCAGGUCUAUUCCAAAGGCUGGGAUGCAUCUUUUCUUCCAAAGAACCUUCAUACAUUAAAAAUAAACGGCAAUCCAAUACCGGAUAAUGCCAACUUUCCGAAUCUGGACAGUCACGAUAAUCUCAAUAAACUCACCUCGGAUGGAGUUUCGAAUACGGCUUUCAACUUGUCAAGAAUAGCAUCUUUGUCACUAUCCGGAUUAAAUUUAGAAACACAAUGUAACCUCAUCAAUUUAAACAACUAUACGUUCUCGCUUUCAGAUUCACUAAAAGAUCUGAAUAUUUCCGCUUGUGGAGUUAGUAGCAUCACUGCAGGAGCUUUCGAGCAUCUUCACAGUCUAGAGGUAUUGGAUCUUUCUUACAACCGUCAGCUGGAAUUCCAUAGUUUGGCCAAUGUCACGUACGGCUUGCAGUUUACACGGAUUCGUUUUUUGAACAUAUCAAACCUGUUCAGUAGGUUUGGCGGCGGAGUACAAUUAACAAUGCCGAUUUUUUGUUACUUCUGGAACAUAACGGUUGAAGAUUUAGAUAUAUCGGGAAACAAAAUAGAUAGUAUUGAAACUAACGCACUAAUUUUGACUCCUCCGUCAUUAAAAAUUAUUCGCGUUAAUCAUAAUAAAUUUUGGUUCGGUCCAUAUGUGCUUCAGUUAGGAUGUUUAGGCAAUGUUUCAACGAUAUAUUCCAGUCGCCUUAAUUACAUCUCUAAUCCAUUUAUUUAUCCUUUAGAAAACAGUAAACGAUAUUCUGCACCAACAGUGGAACUUUAUCAAAUGACAUGUCCUUUCGGUAAUGUAGAUUUUCUGAAAGAGUACGCAUUGCGUACCAGAGAUUGCACAUAUAUUGAGAAUGGUGUCAUAGAUUUACUACAUAUGAUAAUGCCUGUAAAACUUGAACGUAUGAUUUUUAAUGAUUGUGAUAUGAGAUAUGCCAUAAAUUCUAUAUACCCUUUGAAUCCGGAAAAUAUUUCAAUUCGUUAUAUCGAUAUAUCGGGAAACAUGUUUGUGUCGUUCACCGGACACGUUGGACAUAUACCAAUGCUAGAAACCUUAAAUAUGUCUCGCUGCUACAUCUCAACUAUUGGUUUGACCAGUUUAAACUACACAUCACUGAAAACGUUGCGAUUGGCUCACAAUGAUCUAGGCGCACAACUGGCAGAUUCAAAACGAUCAAACAUAUUCGAUAUGCUACAAUCCCUUCAAGAUUUGGAUCUGUCCUCAAAUGGAAUAACAGUAUUGUUUACUUCGAUUUUCACAGAACUUGUCAAUUUGGAACGCUUAGAUUUAAGCAACAACAAUAUAGAACACUUUGACGUCAAUAUAAACACAUUAUCACAUUUGUUGAAAAUUAAUUUUGAAAUUAACUCAAUUAAUACAUUUAAUAUAGGAGUUCGACGCAAACUUGAAGCCAACGAAAACGAUCGUUCUAAGUUUUCAAUAAACUUACAAAACAACUCGCUGGCAUAUGACUGCAACAAUCAAGAAUUUCUACACUGGUUGAUUCAACACAAAGCGAACAUGGUUGGAUACAGCAUAUAUAGAUUUGUUACAUCUGACGAUGUGACAAUAACUUUCGACAAAAUGAUGACUGAUCUGGACCACCUAGCAUCGAGGUGUAGGUCAUAUGUACCGGUCAUUGUAAUUGGUUUGUUGGCAUUGGCAACAUUCUUGUCAGUGAUUAUCGGUGGAGUGAUAUACAAGUAUCGCUGGAGAAUACGAUACCUCAUGUACAUGUCAAAGAAGAGAUUUUCUGGACAUCAUAUGCUUCCUGAUUACACAGCCAUACAAAACUAUAAAUACGAUGCAUUCAUAUCGUAUGCAGAAGACAAUAUACGUUUUAUACUUGAUGACGUCAUUCCCCGACUAGAGACGGAUAUUAUUUCAUUGUGUAUUCACCAAAGGGACUUUCUUCCUGGAAACGCAAUCUCAGACAACAUAAUUCACGCCAUCCAGAGCAGCAGAAAGACGAUUGUCAUAUUGUCAAAUGCCUUUCUGAAGAGCAAGUGGUGCAUGUAUGAAUUCAACAUGGCGCGAAUGGAAAGCAUAUAUUCUAGAGGGGAGGACAUUUCGCUUGUUAUUGUGAUGUUGGAAACUGUUCCAAAUAGCGCUAUGCCGGUGGAAAUGUUAAGAUGGAUUCAAGACAAUAAUUAUAUUGAAUACACGACUGAUCACGAGGGGAACGCUCUUUUCUGGGACAAACUGAGACGUGUUAUUACAUCGUAAAUUCGAGCAUGCUAAAUGUUAUUCUUAGUAUCUCUUGUUUUACUUUCUCCUCAGCCAUUUAAAUGAGUAUCCAUGUUUUAGCCUAAACUGUCUGUAUUUAAGCCUUACGUUAGUUAUGUAGUUUCUUGUAUGUUUUAUAUGAGAUCUAAUAAGACUUAUUCCACUUUAAAUUCGGCCAUAGUGGUUUCAAUCUUGGUAAGCAUUUGUUUAACCCUUU